AUGGACGUCAUGCUCUACUGUUCGAGCGGGCAUGUGCAAAUUGGCAACUUUUCUCGGUUGCUCUUUCUGCUCGCCUGGCUCGUGGUUCUCCUUCUGGUUUCUACGCUGAGCGUCGCGGUCGUCCAGUGGCGGCGACGGCGCGCAAUCCUGUGCAUUGAAGAGAGUGCCUACACGGUGCUGCCACCGCUCGCCGUUGCGCACUGGCCGCGCGGUGGGAUCGCCGUCGACGACAUUUCGGGCCUGCUCUGCGGUCUGCUCUUUGUCUCCAAGACCCACGUUUUCGACACCAAGCUGUGGCUGUGGCUGUCCCCGGAAACGUUCGAGUGGCAUCGCCAUUGCCUCGUGCUGUUGCCACCGGCGGCCAGGCCGAUGUCGUCGAUCGUCGCCGGUGCGACGCCGAUCAAGCCGGCGCCGCCUCGUCAUCGGUUCCAAUGCAAGCUCUCGUCGCUUUCGCUGCUUUUUGGCUGCCUCUACAUUGUAGCGACGCUCGGAAGCAACGUCGCGUACUUGAACCUGGUGCGGGACAACCUCGCCAACGACUUUUUCUGGGCGGGCUUCAACGCCACCGGGAGCUACGCGUUUGUCGCGAACGCCAUCAACCAGCGCCUCUUGACGAAUGCAUCCACGGAGUUAAUCCUUGACGCAACGACACUCAUCGAUUACAGUCAGCCGUACGACGAGGCGGUCGCCACCAUUGCUUGGCCCGUCACGGCUGCGUCCCGUGCCCUCCAGGACCGUGGCGUGCUCACACUUGCGACCGCCGUGCGCGGCCUGCGCACCAUGGAUCCGUGCCGGCUCCCGUGGGUCUCUACGCAGUACUGCUGGCUCGACGUCAACCAGCGCUGGGGCAUGGCCCACACACAAGGCCGGCAAGAUCGAUGCCAACGCCACAUGGCCUCGAACGCCGCCGUGUACCUCGAGACGGCGUUGCGCAACCUCAACGACUGGGGUCGAUGGCACUCUUGCUACGGGGAUUCGUUCACAAUUGGGAUUGCCAAUGAGCUCCAACGUUCGUCUGCCGGUCAAGGCUUUUUAACGUCUCUGCAAUCGACGCCUUUGCUCUCUGUCGAGGACGAAGUCGCCUACUGGCGGGAGGCCCACCUCGUCUUUUACGAGCUCCAGUGGCAGAAUUUCAAAACCACCGGGUUCCAGGACGCCAUGCGCGUCGAAAACGCACUCGGGCUCUCGUAUGCACUUCCAAUUGCCAACGUUGUAAGUCGCUUUCACCCGACGCGGCAAACGUCCCACGUCAUGAACUGGGCGCUGGCGAGUGAUUUCUGGGCCGUGGGCGCGUCCAAUGCGUCGCGGAUCGCGGGGCGCAGCUUGCUUCGAUCGAGCAGUGAUUUCGCGUUUGCCAAUGUAUCGAGCGAGCAGCUCCUAGUCGACAACCUCACCUUGUCGUACCCGCUCUCGAGCGGGUUUCACUCGCUCUCGUCGCACCUGGGGCCGUUCAACGCCGUCGACAUGGUCAUUGUACCGGUGCCACCUCCGCUCUUGCGCUACUACGCGAUGUUUCGCGACGCGCUCGCGAGGCUCUCGGCGGCCAACCUCGAGGCGCAGGCGCGCUAUGUGGGUUUGCCCACCAAGUACUUUGUACUCUCGGUGCCAAUGGUGUGGCAGGCGCUACCAAACGGCAUCUCGACGGGCGGCAACCUCUUGUGUGGCGACAACGCAGUCUCAGGUUUCCUCUCUUUUGGCAUGGGCAUCGGGUUUGGCGCGACGAGCUACUGCAACUCGGUGUACCUCGAGGCGAUGCAGCCGACUGCGCCACAAGUGCUCUUUGCUUUGGCCGCGUUCAAUGCGACAUCGACGCCGUCCAUGGGCGCGAACGACUAUGUCGAUAUUUGCCGCAGCGAUGCGAUUCUCGACAGUCGCUGCGUAAACGAUUAUACUGCUGGUGGACGUUUUCUCGAGACGUUCUACUCAUCGCUGGCGUUGACGGCCGAGGCGCAAGCGGCCUACGACUCCGUGGCGGUGCUCAACGUUACCGUCGUGCAGUACGGACGCCAAAGCGAUGGCUCGUCGUCGCUGCUGCAGCUAUCGCUCUUGGGCUCGGUCGACCGCAUCUGGAGCUUCUAUGGGUGGAUGCUGCUGUACGAGUGGACAAGUGGCAGGCGCGAGGUCGUCGCCUUUACGGGGGACGCCGGCGUUGUCACUACGAUGAGCCUUGGCGUGGUGCCCGUGACGAUGCCACCGGACGCGAAUUCGAUUCCCCAAGCGUACGCCUUUUACUGCCAGCAAAUCGUGCUCUACAUUACGAUCGUGCUCAUAAGCAUGGCCAUUAUCGUCUUGGGCUACACGCUGCACAUGCGCGGGCACAUUGAGGGCCUCAACCUCUUUGAGUUCAACCGAACGGUUGGCAUCGUCUGGGUUGGUCGCAGCGUUCUCUUUGUGCGCAGCCUCACGGCGCUCUGUCUUUUGCAUACGAGUACGCUGACGCUAUCGAGACGAGGGCUAGGCACACUGCUUGUGUCGCCGCCGCUGCAUUGGACCAAGAUCGUCCUCGCGGCCUCCGAAGCGACGUGGCUCGUCUACGUCCUCAACGACAUUUUGAGCUGCGUCACGCAGCAGUACACGCCGUCGUAUGCGUACAAAAGCUCGCUCCUCACGUGGAGUUGCACCUUUUUCUGGACGCUCCUCGAUGCACCGCCAAGUGCGACCGCCAACGUUGCGCGUGUCUGCGAGCUCGUCAACAUGGACGACGGCCUCGUCUGUGUGAGUGGCCGCGUUCAAAUUGGCCGCGUUGACCGUGUCUGUACGACAGUCGGCAUUGCGCUGGGCUGUAUUCUUGCGACCUAUGGCAUCGAGCGCAUGCUGCAGCCCGCGCUCCGUCGCCGAGACGCCCCGUCGCUCCUACUCAACGCGCAGAGCGUCUACUGCCUUCUCUUUCGCAAAGUGAACGGCGCGUGCUACUUGGACAAGGCCUCUGCGGCCCUCGCGGGGCUCCUCACCUUCUCGCAAGGUGACGUGUGGUACGUUCUAGACGUGAAAACGUGGCGGCUCCUCGUGGUGCCGACGCGGGCGUGGACCGACCACGACGACGCUGCCCAUCUCCGCCACUGCUUGCCGCUAAGUCAACUCUAA